AUGCAUCCUAACGUCACCAAUAACACAUGUGAAAGUGGCGAGAGCUUGACUACUAUCCGGCAUCGAUCCAACCUGCUUUCGGUUUUUGAUCGGUCGCAAGCCCUUGCAGAGAUUCAUCAAGUCCUCAAUAAGUACCAAAUCCCCCACCUUCCCGAGUCAUCCCAGGACACCUUGGGAAAAGCCAAUUUACUGCUGCGACCCAAAGUAUCUCAAGCACAAAAUAUCCCGAUCACUGGGACAGAAACCAGAGAGAACAAAGACAUGGCCCUGGUCCAAGUUCUUCCCAAGAACAAGCGGCGAAAGAUCAAAACCACAAGUGUGACGCUUCCAGUUCCAGUUCAACACUUUGAUCCAGUUCAAGAGUUCGAUAACAUUCCACAGCUUCCAGCUUCUAAACAUGUCGAAGGAACCGACACUGGGCUUCCUAAGCCUCUUCCAGUAAUUACUAACUUCGAACUCCACAGUACAGUUACUGAAUGUGGCGCUCACCACUUAGAAUUCAAUCCCACUGCCGCCCAGCCCCAGAAAAAGCGGAAGAAGGUGCGAACCACAACUGCGAAGUUUCCAGUUCCCGACUUGGAAUCGGAUCCAUUUCAAGACUUGGAUCACAUUCCACAGCUUCCAUCAUCCCAACACUUCAAAGGAACCGACUCUGUGAUAGCCAAAUCUCCCAAUUUAGAUGUUGAAGACUUGAAAUUGAUGAAUACUGCUCAAGGCUCUGGUUGUUCCUCUCAGCUUCCAUCACCUGAUCAAAUCUUUCACACACUACCCGAUUCAAACAUUCAGACUCUUUCACCUGCCGAAUUGGAUUGUGAUCACGACUUAGACGGUUUGGCUUCCUGCAUCUUGUCACCAAAUCGAGCAAAUCAAGAACAACAGGCAAACCUUCCAGCCAACAACUCAGAUCACCCCUUUCCAAUUCAUCUGCGUAAGACCAACACCAUAUCCACAAAACCCACGAUUUUGCCCCGUUUGGUCGACUACGAUUCGGAACCUUCAUUUUCCACCAAUGUAUCACAGGCUUCACCACCUCUCACACCGCUUAAUGAUUGCCUACCAGACCCAGUGCUAUUACCCACGCAACCUCCCGAUUCUCUGACUCAGGAGACAACACCUUUGCUUGCAUCCCCAGUGGCGGCUCUAGAUGAAGAAGACAAAAGUUUUCAAUUGGAAAGCUUGCUACCAUCCAGAAAUCCUUGUAACACACCUCCUGCUCCUGCUCCUGCUCCGGUUUCUGUUCCUUCUCCUGUUGCCAUCCCUAUCACUAGAACUCGAUCUGGAGCUGAGGGACGUGUGACUCGGAAACCACCCAGCCCUCUUCGAAGGUCCACCCGGCAUAAACUUGACACCUCGUCUGCUGGAACCCGUAGGUAUACACGCAAUCAAAUGGCCAAAAAAGCUGAUCAAGUGCCACAGGACGAUCGAGUGCCACUUUGGUUGCAUGAAUACCUACCAUCUGUUCAAGACCCACUCAGUGAUGGGCAUUGCGGUUAUCGGGCUAUUGCAAUGAGUUUGGGGCGAACCGAAGACGACUGGCUCGUGGUUCGAAAUGAGCUGAUUGCUGAACUGGAGUCUAAGGCAGAUUUCUACGAAUCUCACCUAAAGACUCGUAAGAGAGGUGAUGGAGGUGUUGCUGAGCACGUUGAAGCCAUCAAAACUCGCAGGAAAGAAGUUCUCAAUGACCCUUCACUGUGGCUUGAUUCAGCUCGAAUGAUGUACAUUAUUGCAACUGCUUACAACAGGCCAUUCUGUGUUUACAGUAAAGGCCACAAAGACGAAAAUUUUACAGCCUUUCCUCUGGAUUGUCCUGCGAAUGAUUAUUCACCCAUCUUUGUUUGUUAUGACCGACAAGGCGCUCAUUUUAUGUCUAUCUCAUUUUCGUCUCCUCUCUUCACUAUCCCCAUCCCUCAACCAUGGACAGAAUGGUACAAUCUAGCAUCUCCUGAGGCUGCUGAUUGGACACAAAAAUUCCAACCUCAAAUCAAUUUCUUCACUCAUCGGAUAAUACCCUCGAUAGUAGCGGAAAGACCUUUAUUAAAUCCUCACAACAAACCUGUAGAAGUCCUCUCCUCAUCUGAUGAAGGGUCAAUGUAA